GUGAAGUUCACUAAGGGAACAUGUGUUUUGCUUUGUUUUAUAUACUCAAUAAUAUUUUAAUCAUUACAAAUUAAAUAACCAAUUUAAAUUCAAACCAAUCAUGAAACCUAUUUCCUGUGACACAUUUGUCUGCCUUCCACCCCAUACGGUCAAUAAUUGUGUCGUUUUCGGCAAAAAUUCUGACCGCCCGUCAGAUGAAGUGCAAGAAAUUGUUUACGUUCCUAGGCAGACACAUGAUAAAUCCGUGCCAGAGAAAUGCACUUACAUCGAGAUUGACCAAGUGGACGAGACUUUUGCAACAAUUUUAAGCAAACCGAGCUGGAUGUGGGGGGCAGAAAUGGGGGCUAACGAAUACGGCGUUUGCAUUGGAAAUGAAGCCGUCUGGACAAAACUAAACAACGCAAAGGAAGACAUCAAACCCAAACUCCUCGGCAUGGACCUCGUCCGUCUUGCUCUCAUCCGAAGUAAAACUGCCUCCCACGCCGUCACCGUGCUGACGACACUGUUCGAACGGCACGGUCAAGGCGGACCUUGCUCCGACUCGAUGAAAAAUUGGUCCUACCACAACUCCUUCCUCAUCGCGGACAAGACGGAGGCGUACGUCCUCGAGACGGCCGGGUCCCUCUGGGCGGCAGAGCGAGUCACGAGCGGAUACAGAAAUAUCUCGAACGAUUUAUCAAUCCGGACAAAAAUUGACUUAAUGUCGGACGGACUCAUGGAGAAAGCGGUCACUCUCGGAUUUUGGGAUGGGGUCACACCCUUCGACUUCUCCGCCGUGUUUGGAACGUCUUCCGCUGAUGAAGAUGAAGACAGGAGGUUUUCCGAGGGGAAGAAAUUACUUGGCAAGUAUUCGUCAGACAACAAGUUUGAUGAAAACUGUAUGAUGAAAAUUUUGCGAGAUGGACCGAGUGGAAUUUGCAUGGGAUGUGAUGGAUCUUUCGUCUCCACGUCGAGCCAAGUCAGUGUCUUGCAUGGAGGGGGAGGAUGUCAGGAUAUCCAUUACUUUACGGGCACGCCGGAUCCGGAAUAUUCCGCAUUUAAACCGUGGAUUUUCAUCGAAAAUGUGACCGUUUUGAGUACGACGAGUCAUUUGAGUGGCGUAAAAUCUCCAGAGGGUGGGCGAAAUGGGAAACAUGCGUUGUACAAGGAGCAUGAAAAGUGCUAUAGAAUGUUGGUCAAGUCAAAGAAAUUGAAAGAGAGUUUGAUGGAGGUGGAAAAUGGGUGGAUCGCCAUGACCAAAAAAUUGGUGGACGAUUACAAAUACGCAGUGGGAAAGGAUGAUGAUAAAGAAAAACGUGUGAUUAUGGAACAAUUGUGGAAUCUGUUUGAUUCUUGUGUUACGCAGGAGUUGGAAUUUUAUGGGAAAUAUGUGAGUAAAUAAAAGUAAUAAAAAUAUAAUAA